AUGGGCAAUGCGUUCGGCUUCGGUUCGGCGGAGUCAAUGGGAAAUGUAGCUGUGGAGCAUGAGAAUAUUUGCGGGCGAAUGGGCAAUGCACUCUGUGGAGUUUGUGUUGGUCUUGUCUUUUUCUUUGGGUCAAUUUUCUUGCUGGGCUGGAAUGAGUUCAAUUAUGUGAGGAAUCAGGCCAUCCUUUUGAAAGUUGACAAGGAAGUGGUUGAAGCAGGAUGUGUACCGAGCUCGGCCAAUGCCGACAAAGCCAUUUGGGCUUCGUGCCAGAUAAUGCGCGUCUACGAUUUUGGAAGUGAUAGUCGGGUGAAGAGCCUAGGCCUAUCCUUCUCCGACAAAUUGGAGGGCUCUUGGUUCAGGGCCGAAUCGCACAUUUUUCAAUGGGUGGAGGACAAGGAGUGCGAAACUCAUUCCACAGCUGGCGGCGGCAAGACAAAAAUUUGCACCUAUGACUACAACGUGCAGUGGGUCUCGUCUCCAGUAGCAUCCUCGAGCUUUUACUGCUAUCCCAAUUGGCGUUCUGGCUGCCAGCGGAGUGGCUCGGAGAUUCAGAAUACGGGAAGCUUGCCCCAGGCUUUACAGCAAACCAUCCGCGCGCCGGAUGGCCAAGUUGGAAUGGGCCAGUCGAAGGAUACCAUGUACCUCCUGAACAGCGGAGAGCUCGGUGUCUUUCAGUCUGAACCCGUGUCGGUUGAAUCAGGGCAGCAGGCCAGCCCGCUCCUUCCCAACAAGCAAGUGGUUGUGACGGGCGGUGGUGUUCAGUUCAGCACCUACCCAGGGCGAGAUUCCAUCGGAGAUGUUCGAACUACGUUCACCCAAUCCAACAUCCAGACGGGUAACACUCAGGUCUCGGUCAUUGCCAAGCAACGUGGCACACCUUCGUCAGGAGAUGUAUCCUUGAAUCCCUGGGAUACAAAGCUACCUGGCUCGAUGUCCGUGGUGAACUGGGCUACACUUGGUAGCUCUUCCAAGUCAGAGAUGAUAAAAUCGAAGCAGUCAGAGAACGGCGUCCUUGUGAUUAUGUUGCGAUUCCUGGGCUUCAUUCUGAUGGUAGUUGGCCUUCAGCUUGUUACAGGUCCCAUUGCCCUGAUGCCUCAGGUUGUCCCGUGCAUUGGGGAGAUGCUAGGGGAGGUUGUAGGAUGCGCGCUUUGUUGCAUCAACUCACUGAUCUCGCUGGCGUUGUCGCUGACAGUGAUUGGCGCAGCUUGGCUGUUGGCGCGACCUUUGCUUGGCCUUGGGCUUUUGCUGGUGGCUGCAGCGGCAGUUUUCGGGGCAUAUGUGCUACGUGGCAAAUACCGCAGUGCUCGAUCCCCGUCAAUGACCCAGCCAAUCCUCGAGGAUGGUGCGCAGUUUCGGGGACAGCCGCAGCAGCCGCAGCAGAUUCAGGUCACUUGCCCUCAGGGUGUGUUUCCUGGCCAGCUCCUCAUGGUACAGUGCCCAGAUGGAAGCCAGCGGAAUGUGACUGUGCCGGCCGGUGUACAGCCCGGCCAAGCAUUUGUCGUCGCGCUUUGA